AUGAGAGAUUCCAACGCAGCACAGCUGGAAGUGAUGAUGUGUCUUGGGUCUCCGAGGCUCGCUCGACCCCUCGCCAUCUUGCUGGCGUCGAAGAACGAGGCGUACACUGCGUCCAAGCGGCCCGGAUACUUUGCGUAUUACGAGCAGCCCGAAAACGUGAAAAACGUCCUGCGCACGGGCGAGAUGCAACGACUGCAGGAGCAAAUCGUCCACCUGCAGAAGCAGAUCGACCAGCUCACUGAAAAGAUAGAGAAGAGCGCUGAAGGAUACGAGGUUGGUCACACCGGCAUCACGAUCACAAGCCUCAAGCAUUGGCUUGCCACGUACGGCACGCCCAAGCCGCAGUCUACCUCCGACCUGUUCACCGUCUUCACACCGGACAAGAAGGUCUACGGUGGCACUGCUCACUACUCGGCCUUCCGUACCCAGGCCAGCACAAUGAAGAAGGGCCGGCUGACCAAAUGA